AUGGCACAUUACGAGGCCUUGUAUGGUCGAUUGACUGAAAGAGCAUCUGAUAGGCAAAAGUCCUACGCUAAUCUAAAGAGAAAGAAUAUCGAGUAUUCAAUAGGAGACUUUGUUUUUCUCAAGGUCUCGCCACGGACAACGCUACCUCCAGAGUUGAAUCGGAUUCAUGAUGUGUUACAUGUCUCUAUGUUGAGAUGCUACCACUCUGAUCCUACGCAUAUUUUUCCUGUGGAGGAGAUUGAGGUUAGUCCAGAUUUGACGUUUGAGGAGAAGCCAAUUCAGAUUUUAGAUUGCGACAUCAAGGUUCUACUAAGGAAGGUGAAGGUGCUAUGGCAGAAGCAUAGCACUUAG